ACAGUUUGUACAGCCGGCCCGCAUGAGAAACGCCUGCUGCACGCCCUACUUGACAACUACAACAGUCUGGAGCGACCCGUUGUGAACGAAUCCGAUCCACUGCAGUUGAGCUUCGGUUUGACGCUUAUGCAAAUCAUCGAUGUGUGCGGACGAAGGCUUCGAUGGCACCUACGCGACCAACGUUGUGGUAAGGAAUAAUGGUUCGUGUCUUUAUGUGCCGCCCGGUAUUUUCAAAUCCACCUGUAAAAUCGACAUCACAUGGUUUCCAUUCGAUGAUCAACGCUGUGAGAUGAAAUUCGGUUCAUGGACAUAUGAUGGCUUUCAGCUGGACUUGCAGCUGCAAGACGAGGCCGGUGGUGACAUUUCAAGUUUCAUAACGAACGGCGAAUGGGAUCUGCUAGGCGUGCCCGGUAAACGAAAUGAAAUCUACUAUAAUUGCUGCCCAGAACCUUAUAUUGACAUAACGUUCGCCAUUUUAAUACGACGGAAAACUUUGUACUGUUUUUUUAACCUAAUUGUGCCGUGCGUACUGAUAGCCUCAAUGGCACUGCUAGGCUUCACACUGCCCCCCGAUUCUGGUGAGAAGCUCUCGCUAGGUAAGUGUCGUAUGUCCGCACGCGUAGUGCUACCAGCACAAAAAUAAAAACAAAAAAAAACAGUCGAAUUAUUAGAUCUUCAAAUUUCAAUGAAAAUAGAAUUUUAAAGAAUUGUUACAACA